AUGAUAAACAGUCCAAGGGCAACGAGGAAGUUGUUUGUGGAUGGUUCGAUCAUGUCUCUGGUAAAUGAUGAUGCGAGAGGUGUGGAAGGGUGCAGUUGA